AUGAAACUAACAGAAAUACCAGAAACAACACCAGGAGCAACAUCAAAUAACACUGAUGAUGACACUAAAGACACCAGUGAUGAUAUGGACAACACCAGCAAUAACAUAAUGCCACCAGUGAUGGCAUGGCCUGAAAAAA